GACUUAAUUCUCAAUCAAAUGUUUUCGUAUAUAAAACAUAUUUUGAUAUCCGUGUAUCCCACUGUUGUGCUAUUCCCACUUCAGUAAUCACCACCAAUCUAGUUAAAUUAUCUAAAUGUCUAAGGAAGUGACCAUUACUAUAGCUAACCCCGCAACGCCCGUUCAAGGGCUAUUCAGGAAACGAAGCAGUAGACCUGUGCAUAUAAAGUCAUGGAAAAUUAUGUUGGAAAAAAAUGGUUUUGUUCGCUGUCAUCUUCAACACUGCCGUUACAUUGCUUAUUGCAUAGACGACAUGAGAGAACAUUUUAAAACAUGCCGUGGAGAAAUCGCUGGUAAUUUUGUAUGCCCCACAUGUGGUGGCCAAACUACAUCCCAAGAUGCACUUGAUUACCAUAAGAGCAACAAUCAUAAGGAUUCGGAUGUAUUGUCAAUCGUGAUAAAGCCUACACUCACUGAACAACAAUUGGCGUCAUGGUCAACUGAUAUUAAGACACGUGGGUACACCCAAUGCUUUAUGCCUGAAUGCCAUUUUAUUAGUUACAAAAUACCUGAACUGGAGUUACACUAUGAAAAGUGUUUGGGUGAAGAUCCUGACACAUCAUCUAAGUUUUUUUGUCGCCAUUGUAAGGGUUAUACAUCAUCACAACAAGCCCUACAGUUUCACCAAAACAAUCACCAUAAAGAUUUAUUGUUUCCAAUAAAACAGGAAAUUGAAGAUGAUUUUGAUGAAGAUAAUAAAAUUCAAUCUUAUCCAAUGGGUCAGUAUGGAAAUCCAACAUCAAGUACUAUAAAUGCUGCUAGCAAAAUAGUUACAUAUUCCCAAUGGAAAAUUCAAGAAGAUUUAGCUGACUCAGAAUCUAUCUGUUCCGAAGUAAAUGUUAAUAGUCCUACCGAUUUUCAGAUAAAAACAUGGAUAAUGGGUUUAAAAAACGGUUAUGUGCAUUGCAAUCAUAAUUCUUGCAAAUAUAUGACAUUUGAUGUGGAUGAUAUGAAUGAUCAUUUUGCUACGUGCUUCGAACCAUAUCUAGAUGAUGAAUUUGAAUGUUCUAUUUGUGGUGGUAGGACUACAUCUUCUAAUAAACUUAAAACUCAUCUUUUACAUCAUCAUGAAGAAGGUUAUAAACACUUAACAGAGGAGGAAUGUGGUUUUAAAUUAGUAGAAACAGAAGAUGGUUUAGAAUUGCUGCCUGAAAAUAAAGAAUCUGUCAAACGUAAAAAUGAAGAGAAUGAUGAAGAAUAUGAAGGAAAACAUUCUAUGAAACGUAAAUCUUAUGAUAUACCAUAUAAUCAUUUAACCAAAUGGCGAGAAGAAUUGCUACGUAACAAAUUUAUAAGAUGCACUGCUUCAGAUUGCAGUUAUUUAGCUUUGGAUAUGUUGGAAAUGAAACAACAUUCAGAUGAGCAUGUAGAUAGUGUUUAUUGGUCGUUUAAAGAUCGAGAUUUAGAAGAUAGAGUAGCUAACUUCUGUGAUGCAUGUCAUGGACAUUUCAAAACUGCAAAACAUUUAGAUGGUCAUAAAUUAGUUUCGCACAAUAGUAGUGAUACUUCUAAUAUUGAUAGCUUAUUAAUAGAUAAUAAUGAAGAAAAUAUUGAAGAUGAUGAAGAAAUUGAAGAAAUUUUUUAGGUAUUUAGUUUUG